CUCGAGCUCCGUACCGGGAGCAGUGUGUCAGUGUGGUCGUGGUCACGUCGGUCCAUGAAUUCACGCCUCUUUAACACAUAUUUUAAUGUGCCGAGCGGAAAACACACGGAACGCGUGGCACCCACGGAGCAGACCCCAGGACACAUUUCUGCGGCACGGGGGACCCUGUCCUUGGGAAUCGAUGCCAUGUGAAAGCCCCUGAUCCCAUUCCUUCAAGAAUUCGCGCUACUCCAUGGCUGAAGGUCCGGACACCAAGCGUUACCUGUUUGCCUCCCUGGAAGGUUCCGACGCGUACGCUUUGAACCAGCAGCGGAGAAUGAGCGGCUUCGGCGACGGUCACGGCCUGGCCUCCGAGGGCAGCGACAGCAGCCAGGAACCGUCGGCCUCGCCGCACGGCAACCGGCAGAGCACGCACUCGCUGCACGAGGACGUUGAGAUGAACGGCAGCGGGACCGAGUCCCACGGCAACGAGUCCAACGGCAGCUCCAACGGCAACGGCAAGGACUCGGCGCUGCUCGAGUCGUCGGGGAGCAACAAGAGCUCCAACUCCCACAGCCCGUCACCGCCAAGCAGCAGCAAUGCCUUCAGCCUCCUGAGCGCCAGCUCCGAGCAGGACAACCCAUCCACCAGCGGCUGCAGCAGCGAACAGUCAGCCAAGGCCAAGACACAGAAAGAGCUCUUCAGGACCCUGAAGAAGCUGAAGGUCCACCUUCCUUCGGAGAAGAGGAACAAGGGGAAGUCGAGCACGCUGAACACGCUCAAAUACGCGCUGCGCUGCGUCAAGCAGGUCAAAGCCAAUGAAGAGUACUACCAGAUGCUGAUGACCAAUGAAAACCAGCCACCAGGCCUGGACGUGAGCUCCUACACCAUCGCCGAGAUCGACAGCAUCACCUCGGAGUACACGCUGAAAAACACGGACAUCUUUGCUGUUGCCGUGUCCCUGAUAACAGGCAAGAUCGUGUACAUCUCAGACCAGGCGGCCUCCAUACUCAACUGCAAGCGCGACGUGUUCAAGAACGCCAAGUUCGUGGAGUUUCUCACUCCUCAAGAUGUGAGCGUCUUUUACAGCUUCACCACACCGUACCGUCUGCCGUCCUGGAGCAUGUGCACGGGGGCAGACUCGUCUCCAUCAGAUUGCAUGCAGGAGAAAUCGUUUUUCUGCCGUAUCAGUGGAGGGAAGCAACACGAAGGGGACCUGCAGUACUACCCCUUCCGCAUGACUCCCUACCUGAUGAAGGUGCAGGACACAGAGGACCAGAUCUGCUGCCUCUUGCUGGCUGAAAGGGUGCAUUCUGGGUAUGAAGCUCCAAGAAUUCCUACAGACAAACGGAUAUUCACGACGACACACACCCCCAACUGUGUGUUUCAGGAUGUGGACGAGAGAGCCGUCCCCUUGCUGGGCUACCUGCCGCAGGACCUCAUCGGUACACCUGUACUACUCCACCUGCACCCGAAUGACCGGCCCCUCAUGCUGGCUGUGCACAGAAAAAUUCUGCAGUACAUGGGGCAACCCUUUGACCACUCUUCAAUCCGCUUCUGUACCCGAAACGGCGAGUACGUCACCCUGGACACGAGCUGGUCCAGUUUUGUGAACCCCUGGAGUCGCAAGGUGUCUUUUGUCAUCGGCCGACACAAAGUCCGCAUGGGCCCUGUGAAUGAGGAUGUGUUUGCCGCCCCUGCCUUCACGGAGAGCAAGAUCGUGGACUCGGACAUCCAGGAGGUCACAGAGCAGAUCCACAAGCUGCUGCUGCAGCCUGUGCACAACCUGGGGUCCAGUGGGUACAGCAGCCUGGGAAGCAACGGCUCCCAUGAGCAGCUGGUCACGGCAGCCUCGUCCAGCGAGGGCAACGGCCAUGGUAGCGAGGAGAUGCGCAGGGACAUGCCGCGGUCCUUCCAGGAGAUCUGCAAAGGGGUCCACAUGAAAAACAACGAUCAGAUCUUCAUGGGCUCAUCAAGCAAGUCUGACUUCAGGAAAAACCUUGACAGGCUGGAGCCGUGGGGUCCGGCUGUGCGACCCAAAGAGUCCUCUCCCUCUGCUGGGGGCAAGGAGGGCACAGCAGGCCUGCAGGACAGGACGGCAGUGCAGGAGGAGCUGACCUGCAAAGACCAGACAGUUUAUUCCUACCAGCAGAUCAGCUGCCUGGACAGUGUUAUCAGGUAUCUCGAGAGCUGCAACAUCCCCAUCACGGUGAAGAGAAAGUGUCACUCAUCCUCCAAUACUACUUCGUCCAACUCGGAUGAGGACAAGCAGAAGGGCGCCGACAUCUCCGUGCAGGAGUCUGCAGAACAUCUGCUCCUGGACCCGCAGCCGGGAGUCUCGGCGCUGAAGGACCCUCUUAAACCAGCAGGCCCCGUGGUGGGAGGGUCCUUGACCCCCUUGGCCCUCCCCAGCAAGGCGGAGAGUGUGGUCUCCAUUACCAGCCAGUGUAGCUACAGCAGCACCAUCGUCCACGUGGGGGACAAGAAGCCGCAGCCAGAGUCAGAAAUCAUAGAGGAUGUGGCAGAGAGUCCAGCUCCUGCAGCCACCCUCCUGCCGCCACUCCCUCCCACCCCCAGCCAGGAGAGGGAGCCCUACAAGAAGGUGGGCCUCACCAAGCAGGUGCUGGCAGCCCACACGCAGAAGGAGGAACAGGCCUUCCUGAGCCGCUGCCGCGAGCAGCUCCACGUCCUCUCCCUGCAGACGGAGCGCUCUCUGCACUUGCCCCGGCACCGCGGUCAGCCUGGUGCAGAUGGUACAUCCGGCGUUCGAGGGACCAAAGAAGGGGGCGCUGCGGCAGAACCCGCUGCCAGGAAGGGCGGCCGCAAUAAGAAGUCCAAAAAGCCCCGUAUGAAGAUGAACGAGUCGUCAGACAGCACCGAGUCCCACAGGAAACAGCAGCAGUCCCAAGCACCGCUGCUGCUGCGCCCGCCGCUGCAAGGCCUCAACCAGACGUCGUGGUCGCCCUCAGAAACCUCUCAGUCCACCUAUCCCGUGGCCUAUCCCGCAGUGGUGCCCGCCUACCCGCUGCCCGUUUACCCCGGCACCGCCGCAGCCGUGCCCCCUGCUGCUGAUGCUCGUGUGCCGGGGAUGGGGGAGAAUCAGGGCGCCCAGGACCCACGCUUCCCCAUGCAACCGUCACCCUACCCCGCUCCUCUGGUCACGCCAGUCAUGGCUUUCUUCAUGCCCAACUAUGUGUUCCCCACGCUAGGGGGCACACCGCAGACACCCUUUCCGGCACAGCCAGCUUUCCCAGCGCAGCACACCUUCAUCCCUCAAACCACGUUUCCAAUGCAGCAGCCUUUUCCUAAUCAGCAUUCCUUGCCGGGCGGUGCCACCUUCCCGGUCCAGACAGUGCUGCCCCCCCAGCCGUUUAAUUACGGCGUGCCUCCGGAGCCCCCGAAGGCCCCCACCCCAGAAUUGCGGGACGGACUGUCGGGCUGCUCCACGCCCCCGUCGGCCGGCCGCGACCAGGCCACGCCCCCCCUCUUCGAGUCGCGCUGCAGCUCCCCCCUGCAACUCAACCUGCUGCAGCUGGAGGAAAUGCCCCGCUCCGUGGAGAGGCAGGAUGGCCCCGCUCCCCCUGUCAGCACCCAGGGGGGCGUCGUGGGGGAGAAGGGCGUCACCUCCAGCACCGGCCAAGCAGACAAAGUGCUCCAGCAGGUGGGCUCCCCAGAUGAAGGCCAGCAGAGCGACGCCUGCUCCUCCUCCAGCGACCUGAUGGACAUCCUUCUCCAGGAAGACUCCCGCUCCGCCGCCGGUUCGGCCACCUCCGGCUCGGCCACAUCUGGCUCCCUGGGCUCGGGCUCCAACGGCUGCGGCACAUCCGGCACGGGGAGCAGCCAGACCAGCAACACCAGCAAAUACUUUGGGAGCAUCGACUCGUCAGAGAACGACCACAAGGGCAAGCCAGGCACGGACGCCGAGGACGGUCACAGCGUAGGAUUCGCCAAGUACGUUCUGCAGGAGCCCAUCUGGCUGCUGAUGGCCAACGCGGACGAGUCAGUCAUGAUGACCUACCAGCUGCCGUCCAGAGACGCCCAGAAGGUGCUCAAGGAGGACCGGGAGAGGCUGAGGCAGAUGCAGAAGAGCCAGCCGCGCUUCACCGAGGAGCAGAAAGAGGAGCUGGCUGAGGUUCACCCCUGGGUGAAGAAGGGAGGUCUGCCCAAGGCCAUCAACCUCAAGAAGUGCAUGUGCUGCGAAGACCGUCAGCCGGACCCCAUUGAGGAGGAGUUGCCCGACAUGGAGCUGACCACACUGGGGGAGACCAUCGAGGACAAUGCCACCCGGAACGGGCAUGAGGAAGCCGUGCUCAUGGAUCCCGCCCCCUUGCUGUGCAAAUCCAAGGGUGGGGACACACCUGUCCUCCACCCCACAGAAUCAAGCCCUUGCACACCCCUCCAGUGAUACCAGCACCAGAACUGUGUCCUGAAGGUGCAGCCGGGAGGCCUCUGCCCCUCAGUCACCUGUCAAGUUGGCUCCAUGUGUAUGGAGUGCAGCGGGACGUAACGCACCUGUGUGUGCGGUGCCCGGCAGGGAGGGGUGGUGAUUUGUGCGGAUUCCUGAACAUUCCGUGGUCCUUCUCCUCUUCCUGGACGGCUGGUCCCCUGAGCCGCAAACGUCUCUGUCUGUCUGUCUGUCUCUGUGUGUUUGAGAUGCUUUCACGCAACUGCUGACAUGGUCACACUUGUGUUCAGGGAUUUACCCCGCAGCAGUUCAGUUAUCACCCCCUCGUCUUCUCCCGGGGCUUUUAUUUUAAUGUUAUAUAGGAGAAAAUCCAUGAAUGCAGUUGGUUAACGGAAAUGGUGCUUUAUGAGAGCAUUUAUUAUUUUUAUACAUGCACUGAAUAUAGUAAGCUGCUCACGGUUUUCCUUAGGGGGAAUUAGUUUGUUUAAUCAUGGAAACUUUACUUAUACAUUUGAUACAGAAUUUUUAAAUACAAAUGAAUUGUUUGUUAGUCUAUGAAAGUGAUUUUAAAUGAAUGGAAUCAAAGAUUUUAAAAUGAGAAACUGCCAAUAUUGAUAUAGGUUUUGAGUGCUUAAAAAUGUAAUAAAUGUGCGGUAAAUGUACGUUUGAAAAGAACUGCACGUAAAAUAUUAGUGGAGUGCAAUUUACAAAGGAGCAUGGUUUGGGGUGGGAACGGCAACUUAUCUGCUGCUAGUAUGGAAAAGGCGUUCGUUUGGAACACCGGGACCAGAACAAUGUAGCCUCUCGUGUUCGACCUGUUCGGAUCUCCUCUGUACUGUGAAAAUCAUGCAGUUUAAUAGUAAUACUUAUCGCAUUAGAUGAAAUUGUCUAAACUCACA